AUGGUUGUAAUUAUUUGAUGUAGUUGCGCUGGAUUUCCAACCAAGUGUUUCUUUUAUGCCUUUAUUCCAUUUAGUGCUAGAGGCUUAAAAUGAAAACUUUCAUUGUUCUCAUUUUUGCCACUGUUGCAACUGGAGUAAUAGGAAUCAUAACUAAGGAAAAGGCAAUACCUAAAGUCACUGUCAGACUGGUAAAGAAAACUUGGACCAUCGAAGGUUUCGACCCAGGUACAGAUGAACCACUAAGAGCUUUCCCAGGGAAAUUUUCUGAAGCAGUUAAAUUGUUGCAAGCAAACAAUAAAAAGUAUGAUUAUGUUGCUCAACCCCUGAUCAGUGCUACCAACCUGUUCAACAGCGAACAUUACAAUGCAAGCCUACCAUCCGUCAUCCUCACCCAUCCAAUGGCUAUUGGAAACUCUUUGUUUAUUUCUGACACAAUUGGAGUGUUUGCGCUCAGAAAUCUACAGAAGAACUACAACAUAUUCGCUAUGCACGCUCCUUGGCUGAGUGCCCAGUUCCAGACUUCAUGCGCAAGGGUCAUACUUGGUUUGGAUCCGUUGUUCAAGCCAGUAGCAGAAGCAUUUGCUACUUUUCUUCUGGACGGUAUUGCCCUUGGGAAACUGACUCCAAGCCAGAUCAACUUCAUAGGCUUCAGCUACUCGGCCACCCUUAACGCUUACAUUGCCCGGGAGAUACGAGACAACACAGGACUGCUUACACACACUCUCAUGACACUGGAUGCGUUUCAAUACAACCACAACAACCCGUUUUUCACGCCAGUUUCUAAAGAUGAUGCACAGUUUGUGCACAUGUUUCACUCAAGUACAUCGUUUGGAACUCCGGAGCGUAAAGGAACUGUAAACAUUGUGAUCAACAACGGAAUUGUCCAACCUGGAUGUAAAGAAAUGAACAUCGGCUGCAGUCAUCGCCGGUCUGUCCUAGUGUUCUUCACUAGUGUGUUGGCCACAGGCAGGGUUGUAGCAAGACAAUGCAAGAGCUGGGAGAAGUUUGAUAGUUGUCGUUGCAAAAAUAAACCUCUGUUAGUCGUCACAUUCCCAGUGAAUGAAGAGGCAAGAGGUACAUUCUAUGUAAGGACCGGGUCUCUUCUACCAUGGGGUCUUGGGCUUAAAGGAGCCAGAGGACGUCACUGUAAGACCAAGGCUCGGAAAAUCAAACCCCUCCUUAAAAUCAAACCUAACAUGUAAUAUACUUUUUUGUUGAUAAAAA